AAACAUGGGUUGGCAUGAGACUAAAAGCAUGUCUGCGAUUUUUUGUACUUCCUCGUCCGCCAGUCGGACUAGUCGCUAUAGUCGCAACUUAGACCAAAUACCCCGCUAGACUAAAGUCGCAAAGACAACUUGAUUCUUGCAAUGAAAUUAUUUGUAUUCUUUGUUGCGGCAGUGCAAAUAUACAGCGUGACGCCUGUCAUUCACACGCUCACUUAUUUCAAGACGGGCUCUCAAGUUGCAAAGCUACCAGAGUACUUGCUGGUCGCGUAUGUUGACGGCGUUCAGAUUCUGCAGUUCGACAGCAACCACAGGGAAACGAAAGUGAAACAUGACUGGGUGAACAAAAUCACAGAAGAUAAUCCGCACUUCUGGAAGAGAGACACAGAGAUCAAUAUUUGGAAUGAGCGGGUCAUGAAAAUGAACAUUGAAACCGCUCAAAAGCGCUUCAACCAAACUGGAGGUGUUCACAUGAUGCAGGUGAUGAGAGGCUGUGAAUGGGACGAUGAGACUGGUGAGGUUGAUGGUUGGCAGCACGUCCGUUACGAUGGAGAAGACUUCCUAUCGUUUGAGGCGAAGACGAUGACAUGGAUCGCAGCACAUCCACAAGCUUUCAUCUCCAAAUUGAAGUUGGACCAAAUCGACGGGUUCAAUGAAGCCAGAAAGAAUUACUUCAUUGAAGAAUGUCCUUUUGAGUUGAAGAAGCAUGUGAGCAACGGGAGGGACUACCUGACGAGAACUGAGCUUCCCAAGGUGUCUCUCCUGCAGAAGACGCCUUCCUCUCCGGUCACCUGCCACGCCACGGGUUUCUACCCCAUUACAUCGUCCCUCUUUUGGAGGAAGAACGGCGAGCAGGUCCACGAGGACGUGGAGAUGGGGGAGACCCUCCCCAACCACGACGGAACCUUUCAGACCUCGGUCCACCUGAAAGUGGAGCUGACGCCCGCCGCGGAGCGGGAGUACGAAUGCGUGUUCCAGCUGGCCGGCGUCUCGGAAGGCAUCGUCAUCAAGCUGGACGCCGGAAGCAUCCUGAGCAACGCGCGCAUCCAGGAAGAGCAAGACAGGAAGAAGGUGGUGGCCAUCGCCGUCCCGUUGGUGGUUCUCGCUCUGGUGGCGGUGGCGGCAGCAGUCCUUGCCAACCGUUUCAAAAGCAAACAAGCCGAAUACUCUCAAGCUUGUAAAGGGGAAAAGCCGACAGGAAAAGAGGAAGAGGAAAAGAAAGAAGACAAAGAAGAACAUUCUCAAGUUUCCGAUUCUGAGCCUGUUGCCGAGUGAGAGGCAGCAACGGUCACCUGGUGUCAGAAUUCUUUCAGAGGACUUUCUCAUCACAACACAGAUGUUUUCUUCUUCUUCAAGUCAACAAUAAUUAUGUUUCGGUUAAAUCAAGUUUUUGGGUGGUUUCAACGACGAUAGCGACAAGCUUCAUUCUUGUUUGAUUGUAUUUCCUAUUUUGAAAUGCCGUUUGAUCCCAGGUCUUCAUCUAAUAAACAACUAACAUGUUUCUCAGAAGGUGAGGUUCUUGACUGCCCUUAUUUGAACUGUGGCUGAACAUAUUCAACGAUCAAUGCCCAACGUGGAAAUCCAAAACGGAGCGUGCUACUCGACUGCAACCAGCGGGUGGUGUCGAGUCACGCUCAACAGGUUGGCUGUCUAAAGAAGUUCAGCAUAACGAUGGGAGGUGAAGCAAAAUUUUUGCCGCUGCGUUUGGAAUUUUGCUCUCUUGGAAAGAAUAAAGCAGUUGUCAAUUUUUGUCAUUGUUGAAAUCAAGUGAAUGUCAAUCAAAUGUGUCAAUAAAACACUAUAUA